AUGACUACACGCAAGCUCUUCGGUCGCUCGCGCAAGCACAAUGAUUCUGUACACCAAGCCAAACGUCAGUCGCAAGCUGACCCUUUCACCUCCAGCGUCGAAAGCUACGCCGACGACAAGCUGCUAGCCAGUCGCGAUACCAACAUUUCCAAUUCGGCCCUAAGCACUACCAGCACCGCUUCACGCACCUCGCGCUUCUUUCGCAGGUUCGGUCGUCAAAAGCCUCCGCCCGUGCCCUCGCUCCCACCGGCGCUCGUGCUUGACUUGGAUGCCGGCACAGCCGUUCCUCGUUCCUCUGAUGCUCUUGAUCCUACCUACUCGUCUGGCAAUGCCGGCGCUGCAGGGUUCAAGAUCCAGCAACAGCAACAGCAGCCACUACCCCCACCUUCCGCAGCAGCCGCUAUCAUCGCUGAAUCCAACGCUGCCUAUGCAGCUGCCGAGGCAGUCCCAAAGCCCAAAGGUCUUCAGCGCAAAAAAAUGCUUGAAGCUAUGGCCAACGCCCGACUCGAUGUGAGCCAGACGCGAGACUUGGUUCGCAUGUGCGGUCUCCAGAUCCGCGAACGAGGCCUUGACACGUCGGGCCUCUUUCGUCCCUUCCGCAUCGCCGAAUCGCAGGACCACGUGUACCACAUGAUCCAGCUCUUCCUUCUCUCGAUCGACGUCUCGACCUACAUCUCAGUGUUCCCCAUCCUUCCCGAGAACGCACUCGACCACUUUGGCCGCAAUACCGCCAGCAUCAACCAUCACGUCACCAGUCAACAAGCCAAAAGCCAAGUUGCACGCCAAGAACUGGACAAAGAGCUUCGUUAUGCAGCUCCGCAUGAUGUCGUCUCAGUCAUGAAGUGGGGGCUGCGACACAUGCGUCUUCGCACUACCGACUUUUCCUCGAAGGAUUCUCUAGAGUGGUACGACAUUUUUGUGGCUGCCGAACGCGAGUCUGACUAUCACGCCAGAGCGAUUGCCGAUCUGUUGCAUCCCAGCUUGCCUCAGGCGACCGCAGAGCUGUUGAGCGAAGUGCUCGACCUUAUGGCUUCUGUCGCUGCGCACUCGAGCACCAAUCACAUGCCCGCAUCUGCACUGUGCCAGGUGCUCGGCUUUUGGCUCUUUGGAAGGAUCGGAGUUGCCCAUCCACCGCCCACUGUAGAUGAGCUCAUUGAGGCGGUCAGCAAGACAACUGCCAUGGCCGAGCACCUGCUGUUGGCCCACAUCAGAUCGCAAGCUGCCGUCACCUUCUCAAUGCCACUGAGGCUCACCGAGCUGGUUGAACGCUACCCAUACAUCAAACCUGGUCAGCAAGCCCCUUGUCUUCCACCCGCUUUUGCCGCGCGUCCCGUUCCCACGCUUCGAAUCGAUCUACGUUCGGACAAUUUGAUUGUCUCGCAGGCCAAACCACGAUCGCCUUCGUCGACCCUGGCCGACGCUCUCAAUGCGUCCGCUUCGGACCAUCUUCAAGGCGGGCAAGGUGACAUGUGGGCCGCUAUCUUGACCCACCUCGAUGCCACUGCUGAGCCAGGCAACAAGUGCUCCGAACUGCUCAGCGACGAAGACGUGCGCAUCCUCCGACAAGUCGAUCAGGAGCUGGCGCGUGCCAAUCAAGAGCAGCAAGCCGAAAGCGAGCAGCACAACUCGAAUUCACUGCUGACGAUGGCGGCUGACAAAGCUGCUUCUCCCACUGCUGCACCAUCCCUCGCCGAGUUGAAGGCUGGACGACGUCGAUCGCAGUCUUUGUCCGAUUUGAGGGGCGUUUCAUUUGCAGCAACACGACCGCUUGCUCCUCUGCCUGAGAGUGGUAGCAACACUCCUCAGAACGCUUCUUCCCCAGCACCAAAGAGCGGUAUACCCAAGCGCAAACCGGUACCGCUCCUGGAUCCUCAGAUAGUGGAUACCUCGGACAAGGUUGAAGUGGUCAACGAUACGUCGGGUGAUUCGCAGCGGUUGCCAGCGCAACAAGAGCAAGACGAUCUUUUUUCCGGAGGGCUGCAGCCGAGUUCAUCGUGGCGGAGCUUCUCAGAGGAAGGGUUCGGUGGUAUGAGUACUGCGUCGUCGGAGCUUUCAUUGAGUGAGUUCUCCCUCGGACAUGCGCAGACCUUGCCGAGUCGAAGGAGCAACCGCAGCCUAUAUCGGGUACGAUCGUCUGCUUCCAAUGGAUCGAGACGCAAGACGAUGCGCAACGUGAUGGAAAGUGGCGAAGCACAGACUGCCAAUGCCAAGACGACGCAUACUGUGACGAGUGCAGCCCUCGUGCACCAGCUCGACACGACGUUUGGCGUGCUUUGGCAAGAUCAGCUGCUGGAUUCUUCGCCAUGCUGUAGAUUGCCACCCAUGGUAUUUGUGCAACUCAACGCCAAGGCGGCCAAGUUGCUCGAUUUCAACGGGCAAGAUGCUGCCCAAGCGCCGCGCUAUCCAAGUGAUACAGUGUGGUUGCUGGUGGUGGAGACCAUCAUCCCGCCGCGUCCACCCACUCCGCCAACGACGGGCAAGGGACGCUGGAAUGAUGGCGACGAGAGCGAUCGGGAAGAGAGGAGGAGCAUCUUUGCGCCUAGCAUCAGGUCGGUCAGGGUGCGGUUGAGGAGGGUGAGCACGGUCAUUGGUAAUGGCGUCGGAUUGAGGUUCAAAGAAAGGGAGCAUCCGCCCAUGCCUGCACCGAUGGGUGUGGUAGAGGACAAGGAGUCGACGGCGUAA